AUGGCACCAUCCACACACUCGCGCGCCUUGGGUGCUAUCUGGGGCACUUGCGUAGGCGACGCUCUUGGCGGGCCCGUGCAGUUCAGCGACCCCGGUACUUUUAAACCCAUCACCGACUUGGAAUUCGUCAAACCAUUCAAGCAGCCUUCAGGAUCAUACUCGGACGAUGGAUCGAUGACCCUGGCCCUUGCUCAGUCCUUUGUCGACUCCAAGGGCCAAUACGACCACGCCUUGUCAAUCCAGAACUAUCUCGACUGGUUCAAUCAUGGCCGGUUCAGUACUACGAAUAAGGCCUGGGAUCUUGGAAGAUCGACUCGUAUCGCACUGAGGGUAUGGAAGGCUGACGGGCUCGGUGAUGUGGAGCUCACUCAGCAGAAAGUGAGCGAGCAGCUGGAUCAAGAAGGAGCUUCGGGGAAUGGAAGUUUGAUGCGAAUCUCGCCUCUUGGUGUUGCACUCUGGAAGGACUGUGAUCGGGCGAAGACACUUGCCCGCGAGCAGAGUCUUGUUACGCAUCCAGCCUUGGCUUGUCCGGAUGCCUGCGAGGCUUAUACCGAGAUGAUUUGCAUGGCGAUGAGUGGACACACAAAAGCAGACCUCUGCAAGACCAUCACUCAAUUCAAUUUCACCCAUCCUGCCCUGAUUUCCCGCUUCGCCAACUACGCAUCCAUCAACGACUGGAAAGCUAAGUCCCCCGCAGACAUGACUAGCAGUGGAUGGGUAGUCGACACCCUAGAAGUCGCACUCUGGGGAUUCUUCAAAUAUGAAUCCUGGGAAGAGGGCGCCUUGGCGGUGGUGAAUCUCGGCGGAGACUCGGACACGGCGGGGGCUGUUUAUGGCGGUCUGGCGGGGGUGUUUUACGGGUAUGAUUGUAUUCCGCCGCGGUGGGUGGAUGGGAUGCAGAAUGGGAGGUUUAUUCGAGAUGUUGCUGGGAAGUUUGCUGAGGUGGUUCCUUCGGCUUAG